AUGUCUGAAGAAACAGAUUUUAACAAAACAAUUAAAAUUGAACCGAUCGAUGAUUAUCCUCAAGUGAAACAGGAAUUCGAUGAUUAUGAAAAUACAUCAGAUUUGUAUAUGGAUGAUGAUAUAUGUCUGCAGCAAUUUGAAAAAUCUGAGGUUACAAUUGACGAGGAAAUAAAACAAGAGACGAUUGAUGACCAAGAUGAUUUGACUAGUACAAACAAAACUGUAUUAGAUGAAAAUUCUUCCCCAAUUAACGAAGAGAUCAGUGAAUCAAGUACGAUAGUCGAUAGUACAAACAAAACAUUUGAAGAAGUUUCAGGAAAGCGUGAGACAACUAGUAAGUUAAAAUAUAAAUGUAAAUCAUGUAGUAAAACAUUUGUAGCAAAAUGUAGCUUAGACCGACAUGAAAAGAUCCAUAAUAUGGAACUUUCUUAUGAGUGCAAAAUUUGCUAUAAAACAUUUUCACAGAUAAGUAAUUUAAGACGGCAUUUAUCAAUUCAUACUGGUGAACGUCCUUACGCAUGUGAAAUAUGUAAUAAAACAUUCAGAAUGAAACAAGGCUUGAAUCAACAUAAAAUUGUGCAUACUGGAGAACGUUCUCAUAAGUGCGAAAUAUGCAAAAAGACAUUUUUACAGUUAAGUGAAUUAAAAACACAUUUAUCAGUUCAUACUGGAAAAUGUCCUUAUGUAUGCGAAAUAUGUAAUAAGAUAUUUUUUUAUUUAAGUAAGUUAAAAGCACAUUUAUCAGUGCAUACUGAAGAACGCGCUUAUAGUUGUGAAAUAUGCAAUAAAAGCUUCAAAACAAAGCUAACCUUAGGUAGUCACAUAAACACCCAUUCUGGAAAACGCUCUCAUGAAUGCAAAAUAUGUAGUAAAACAUUCAAAACUAAACAUUUAUUAAGGCAACAUGAAAGAAGACAUACUAGAGAACAAACUGUAAAAAAAAACAGUCAACAAAACUGUUGA